GAAGCCACCAUUGAGGAGAAAGAGAGGAGCUUCUCUCUCUCUCAUUACUCUCGCCAGAGAAGCCUGCCUUGUUUUACAACCUUCCUGGGGUUUCACACAGCAAGAUCCGGAGUGGGUUCCGUUGAGCUCUUCCUCUGACCAUCCACCUUGCUCUAGUACAAUUGAGUAGCUCCAUAAGCGUAAUUCACAAGCAAAAAUCACAGCAUUCACAGCCCAGACUCCAAGCAUACGUGCUCUUUUCGCAAAGCGAGCAAGCAACCCCUUGUUCUCUUUAAAUCCAGGAAGAGAAGGGUGUGUAAUCAGGCAUUCAAAUCCAUCAAUGGAUCGUCUUUCCUUCACACCCACCUUCCAAGGCACCAGCUAUGGCAUUGGUGACCAGAUUGGAUUGAUUUGGGAGCAGACCAGAGAGCCACUGAUGGUGCCGCUGCUCAAACUCAUGGUAGUGGUGUGCUUGACCAUGUCUGUGAUGCUUUUCGUUGAGCGAGUGUACAUGGGCGUCGUCAUUGCGCUGGUCAAACUGUUUGGUCGAAAGCCGGAGCAGCGCUACAACUGGGAGCCCAUGAAGGACGAUGUCGAGCUUGGGAAUUCAGCUUACCCAAUGGUUCUUGUGCAAAUCCCAAUGUACAAUGAAAAAGAGGUUUACCAGCUCUCCAUUGGAGCUGCAUGUGGCCUUUCAUGGCCUUCUGAAAGAAUCAUAAUUCAAGUUCUGGACGAUUCCACCGACCCAACCAUUAAGGACUUGGUGGAGAUGGAGUGUCAGAGAUGGGCAAGCAAAGGCAUAAAUAUAAAGUACGAGAUCAGAGGGAACAGACAUGGGUACAAGGCAGGAGCUCUGAAAGAAGGCAUGAAGCACAGCUACGUUAAACAGUGCGACUAUGUGGCCAUUUUUGAUGCGGAUUUUCAACCUGAGCCUGAUUUUCUGUGGCGCACCCUUCCUUUUCUUGUCCACAACCCUGAAAUUGGUCUUGUUCAAGCUCGAUGGAAAUUUGUGAACUCUGAUGAAUGCUUAAUGACAAGGAUGCAAGAGAUGUCACUGGAUUACCAUUUCACAGUGGAGCAAGAAGUUGGAUCCUCAACCCACGCCUUUUUUGGGUUUAAUGGAACUGCUGGUGUAUGGAGAAUUUCAGCCCUCAAUGAGGCAGGAGGAUGGAAGGACCGGACCACAGUGGAGGAUAUGGACUUGGCAGUCAGGGCUAGUCUGAAAGGCUGGAAAUUCGUAUAUGUGGGUGCCCUCAAGGUGAAAAAUGAGUUGCCCAGUACUUUCAAAGCCUACCGCUAUCAGCAGCAUAGGUGGUCUUGUGGUCCUGCUAAUCUCUUCAAGAAAAUGGCAAUAGAAAUAGCCAGAAACAAGAAAGUGAAUCUUUGGAAGAAGGUUUAUGUGAUCUACAGCUUCUUCUUUGUGAGAAAGAUCGUAGCACAUAUCGUUACAUUCCUAUUUUACUGUGUUGUUUUCCCUGCAACUGUUUUUUUCCCUGAAGUGGAAGUUCCCAUGUGGGGAGCUGUCUAUAUUCCUUCUACCAUUACUCUUCUGAAUGCAGUUGGAACUCCAAGAUCACUCCACCUCUUGGUUUUCUGGAUACUUUUUGAGAAUGUCAUGUCCCUGCACCGAACUAAGGCGACAUUCAUAGGUCUCCUAGAGGUGGGGAGAGUAAAUGAAUGGGUUGUCACUGAGAAACUGGGAGAUGCACUAAAGAUGAAAUCAAGCACCAAAACAUCCAAGAAACCUCGAAUCAGGAUUGGAGAAAGAAUGCAUCUCUUGGAGCUUGGUGUUGGGGCCUACCUCUUCUUCUGUGGUUGCUAUGAUGUCACCUAUGGAAAGAAUGGCUUCUUCAUAUAUCUCUUCUUCCAAUCCAUGGCUUUCUUCAUUGCAGGGUUUGGUUAUGUUGGCACCUUUGUUCCCAACUCUUAGUUGGAGCUCCCAGGCAGGAAUUUUCUUCAGAAUUUGUGGUUCCACAACCAUAACCUUCUCCAACAAAAAUACAUAUUAUGCUGCUCCCUUGGGAGGAUUUUUCAUUCAAAUUGUUAUUAUUUUAGGCCAGUCAUUCUUUAUGCUGGGCAUAACUAAGUGCACUGGAGCUGUGAUUCGGAAUUCGAAUUAGUCUCUUUGUGAAUAUAGUCAAGAAAGAAAGCCAAAGUAGCCAAUAUAGAUGAUGUAAAACAUCUUUGAAUGAGCUUCUUUUUUCUCAUUGUGGGUGGGUUUUUGUUUGGGAAUAAUCAAGCUGGUGACAAAAUUAUAAAUUUGAAAUCAAGUUUUGCCUUCUGUUCUUUUGUA